UUAGCCUGUACCAUUAUACGGAGAGUUGUAUUUUGUUGCAACUCGUCCCGGUUGUUGUCUGUUUCUAAGGUUGUUAACUAAAUAUCGUUAAUUCAUCUAAUUUCUUCUCAUCUCACAUUUUUAUUCACUCUUGUGUUUUUCAAGACAGUUCGAUUGUCGGUUUCCAGUAUGAAGACUUACUUAACAAGUAGUCAAGUGAGAAACAGCUUUCUUGAUUUCUUCAAGGAGAAAGAGCACUUGUAUGUCCAUUCUUCAUCUGUGAUUCCCCACGAUGACCCAACAUUAUUAUUUGCAAAUGCUGGCAUGAAUCAGUUUAAACCAAUUUUUUUAGGAACUGUUGAUCCUAGUAGUGAUAUGUCAAAAUGGGUCCGAACAGCUAACACACAAAAAUGUAUUCGUGCUGGUGGAAAACACAAUGAUCUUGAGGAUGUAGGCAAAGAUGUCUACCAUCACACUUUCUUUGAAAUGUUGGGGAAUUGGUCAUUUGGUGAUUAUUAUAAGAAAGAAAUAUGUUCUUGGGCAUGGGAAUACCUUGUAGAGAGACUAGGUUUGGAAAAGGAUCGUUUGUAUGUGACUUACUUUGGUGGCAAUCCUGCGACUAAUUUGGACCCAGAUGAUGAAUGUAAACAAAUUUGGUUAGAUCUUGGUCUCCCAGAGAGCCAUAUCCUUCCUUUUGAUGCAAAAGACAAUUUCUGGGAAAUGGGAGAAACUGGUCCCUGUGGACCUUGUUCAGAGAUUCAUUUUGACAGAAUUGGUGGACGAGAUGCCAGCCACUUAGUAAAUAUGGAUGAUCCUAAUGUCCUUGAGAUUUGGAACUUGGUUUUCAUUCAGUUUAACAGAGAAGCUGAUAGUUCAUUAUCUAAUUUGCCCAAAAAGCAUAUUGACUGUGGUAUGGGUUUUGAGAGAUUGGUCUCUGUACUGCAGGAAAAAAUGUCCAAUUACGAUACAGAUGUAUUUACCCCAAUUUUUGAGGCAAUUCAAAAGGGGACUGAUUGCCCUGUAUACAAUGGUAAAGUUGGUGCUGAGGAUGUGGAUGGAAUUGACAUGGCCUACCGAGUACUUGCAGAUCAUGCCCGAACAUUGACAGUUGCUUUGUCUGAUGGAGGACGACCAGACAACAGUGGACGUGGUUACGUUUUGCGUCGUAUCCUCAGGCGUGCUGUCCGCUAUGCUACAGAAAAACUCAAGGGCAAACCAGGCUUCUUUGCAUCUCUUGUGGAUACUGUUGUUGCCAUUCUGAAAUCAACUUUCCCUGAAGUUGCUAAAGAUCCUCAAAUGGUGAAAGAUAUCAUUAAUGAAGAAGAGAGCCAGUUUUUGAAGACACUCUCCCGUGGGCAGAGACUUUUACAAAGAAGCAUUGCCAAAUUAGACGGGAAAAAAUCUCUUCCAGGUGAUAUUGCUUGGCGACUGUAUGAUACCUAUGGUUUUCCAAUUGACCUGACUCAACUAAUUGUUGAUGAGCAUGGUUUGGUAGUUGACAUGGAUGCCUAUGAAGAAGCCCGGAAAGCUUCUCUGCUUGCUUCCCAAGGUGGCGGUGGAACUGCAACACAAAUGGUCAGUCUUGAUGUACAUGCUUUGAAUGAACUUCAAACAAAGGGUGUUCCUCUCACUGAUGAUUUACCAAAAUAUAAGUAUACUGCUGAUGAAAAUGGGAACUAUGUUUUUGAGACAAACACUGGAUCAAUAGUAGCUUUACGCAUGGGUAAAGAAUUUGUUCCGAAAGUGCCUGCAGGUGUUGAGUGUGGUAUCUUACUAGAUUCAACAAACUUCUAUGCUGAGCAGGGUGGUCAGAUUUAUGAUGAAGGAUUUAUGACCAAACAAAAUGAGGAAGAAGGAUUUCUUGUGAAAGAUGUUCAGGUGUAUGGUGGCUAUGUGUUACAUGUUGGUGUAAGUGAAGGAGUUCUGGAAGUAGGAGACAUUUUGACACAGACUAUCUUCCAGUCUCGUCGAGAAGCCAUAAUGAAGAAUCAUACUGGAACACACAUGUUAAAUUUUGGUCUACGACAAGUUCUCAAUGAAGCAGACCAGAAAGGUUCUUUAGUUGCACCUGAUCGUCUUCGUUUUGAUUUCACUGCGAAGGGAGCUAUGACUGUUGAACAGGUGAAGAAGACAGAAGAAUGUGUAAAUAAGCUGGCUACUGAAAAGCAAUUAGUUUAUGCAAAAGAAGCAGCACUUCCAGUUGCUAAAUCUAUUAAAGGAUUACGUGCCAUGUUUGAUGAGGUAUACCCUGAUCCUGUACGAAUUGUAGCAAUUGGAGUUCCGGUUGAAGAUCUUGUCAAAGAUCCUUUGGGAUCUAGUGGUACUACCAAUUCAGUUGAAUUCUGUGGUGGCACUCAUUUAAAAAGCUCUGACCAUAUAGGUAGUAUGGUCAUUGUGUCAGAAGAGGCAAUUGCUAAAGGAAUUCGUCGAAUCAUUGCUGUUACUGGGAAUGAAGCUGAAAAGGCAAUACAUCGCGCAUCAGUAUUUGAGAAGGAUGUUGAAGAGUUGUUCAACAAAGUCAACAGUCCAGAUUGUAAUGAUAAACAUGUGUCUAAAGAUAUCAUUCAUGUUGAUGAAAGUAUUACUCAAUCUGGUAUUAGUCACUGGAUGCGAGACCAGCUGCGUUCUAAGCUAAAAGAGAUCAAGAAAGUUUUAGACAACCGAGAUAAGGCCCGAAAAGCUGCCAUUCUUAAUGAGGUUGUUGAAGAAACCAAACAGAUGAUUGCUAAAAAUCCAGACCAACAUGUGAUUAUUCAUCAGUUUAAACCUGGCUCUAAUGCAAAAGCAUUGGAUUCUGCUGUAAAACAAUACAAGUCUCUGAGUCCGCAAACUGCAGUCUUAUUUUUUGCUGUUGAUGCUGGAAAACUAUUGUGUAUGAGUUAUGUUCCUAAGGAACUUACUAAUACACUGAAGGCAAAUGAAUGGAUUGGCUCAGUGACGGAAUGCAUCAAUGGCAAAGGUGGAGGUAAAGAUGUAUCUGCACAAGCUACAGGGACCAAUAUUCAUGCUGUAGAAGAGGCUAUGAAGCUGGCUCGGGAGUUUGCUGAUCUCAAGUUAUCUUGAUUUUAAAUAUUCUUGCUAUUAUAUUCUAUGCUGAUUUCAAUAAAAUAUUGCCUCUUAUCAAAAU